UAAAACAAGCAAGAGAUAAGUCGCUUCACCUUUUUUUAGAAAAAAGACACAAUCCCUUAAAACAUUUUCAGAAACCAAAGCUUCCGAAAAAUUCCUUCAGUGAAAAUGUGAAAUAUCCUUCCACGUUUUCUAGUAUUAAUUGCUCAAAAAAAGAAACUCCAAAAUAGAAAAAAAGAGGAGAGAGAGAGAGAGAGGGAGAGGAAAGAGGAACAGUAUUCUCAGUCUCUCCAAUCAAUCUCAUCACAUAUUCACUUGUUGGAAUAUCAAAAUCUUCUUUUGCUUCACCGUCUGCAGUUUUAGUCCCUUCCUCUCUUUCUUCAAAAAUGGAAAUUAUGUAAAUAUCAAUCAGUAAUCAAAGCUUGUGUCAUUCUUGCUUUCUAUUUUUUUAUUAAUUUUUUUCUCUACUUUUUUCCCUUCAGUAUUGUUGUUUUCAUUAACAGUAACACCUGAACGGAAUAAAAUAGAAUCAUCCUAUAGCUCUCUCUCUAUAGAGAGCUAAGCAUCCUUUCUUCAACUAAACCCUUCUUUCUCUCUUUCUCUCUCAGUUCACUGUCCUAAGAUCAUCCUAUAGCUCUAAGAAGCAAAACCCUAAAAGAAGAAAGCUUGGAUAGAGAUACAACAUCGAUCACCCACCAUAUCCAAGAACCAAGGGCUCAUUAAUUGUUGCUCUCGAGAUCCAAGGCAUUUUAACCAAUCGAAAACACAAACACCCAAAAAGGAGAUCCAUCCAUGGAUUCAAUUCCGGAAUUAAUGGAGAGUUCCAACUCAGAGCACACAAGCAUGAGUACUGAUACCAACACCAACAACAACAAUAACAGCGCAGUAUUAGUUGGCUCAAGCUCUUCUUCCCCAGUUUCUGCUCCUAGCAGCAGCCGCUAUGAAAACCAGAAGCGCCGUGACUGGAACACCUUUGGCCAAUACCUCAAGAACCACCGCCCUCCUCUUUCACUCUCAAGAUGCAGCGGUGCUCAUGUCCUUGAAUUCCUCCGGUACCUUGACCAAUUUGGGAAGACCAAGGUGCACACUCCAAUCUGCCCUUUCUUUGGGCACCCUAACCCUCCGGCGCCUUGCCCGUGCCCACUGCGACAGGCGUGGGGAAGCCUCGACGCACUCAUCGGACGCCUUCGAGCCGCCUUCGAAGAGAACGGAGGGAAGCCAGAAGCAAACCCAUUUGGGGCUCGAGCUGUUAGGCUGUAUCUCCGUGAGGUUCGUGAUUUACAGUCAAAAGCAAGAGGGAUCAGUUAUGAGAAAAAGAAGCGGAAGCGCCCACCGCAACAGUUGACACCAUCGGUACCGCCGCUGCUACCACCACCAGGUCAUGCAACUCAUCAUCAAUAAGCCAAUCCAUUCUCUAUCUAUCUAUCAAAAAAAACUACUCUCCAAAUACCAGUCCCUCCUCUUAUUAAUAUUGCUUGUUUGCUUUAAGGUUUUUAGUGUAUUUUCAUUAGGGUUAGUUAAUUUUCUAAAGUUGCUAGCUAUUCUAGACUGAACUCUGUCUGUUUAUUCAGUUUGCUUUUAUCGAAGCAGUGGCAUGGAUCUGAGAUAUUAUUAUUCUGCUUUUGAUGCAAACAGUACUGUUAGUAUUACUUAUAGUAGACUAGUAGUAGUGGCACUGGAAAAAGUGAUCAGUAGGGGAGAGUGAAUGGUGAUUAUGUUCUGAUGUUGAGCUGAGCAUAUAUAUAUUCAUGUAUGGCAAGCCAGAAAUUUGCAUAUUAUUUCAUGUCUUUCA